AUGCUCGAAUGUUCUAGAAUGGCUACCGAAUCGUCCAUCGCAAGUGACCUUUUGUACGAUCUAAAAUUGUGCCUCGAUGAGUCCAGAGAGAAUGAUGUGCACUUGCCGACUUAUAUUUUGAUAUGGAUUCACUUGAAAAAAGUGCUGGAUGCGAUGGGUUCAGUCUUCAAAUUUGUCUCUUCUGACGUCGAUGACAAAAUCAAAAUCUUACAAAGAAUCGAAAAGGUCCAAAACUUCAUCACAAUCGAAAAAAUGAUGAAGGAGGAAAAAGCAGCGGGGAGCAUCAACUACGAGAAACUAGACGAAAAGAACCCAUCUGCAAGUAGAACGCUCCUGCGGCUCCAUCGUGCGUUCAAAAUGAUUUCCACAUUGUUGGGAAAGAUCUCAAGAAAUGAACAUGACGGGAAGAUGAGCACGAUCGCGUACGAGUCUUAUCAUUCUAGUCCGAUGCCUGCUCAUCAUCCCUGGGUUGUUCGCAAAUCAAUCGGGGUGGCCGUGUACACUCUUCCAGACAGCAAAACCUUUUGUCAAAAAAUCGCGCCAGAGCUGAACGGCGAAGAGUUGAAAAAACGCUAA